CCUUGCAACACUGCAUCACACGUUUGGAUGGAACAUAGCAUUGGUCUGUGCUUGAGAAGAAAAUACAGCUGGACAGAGAGGAGGGCAAUUUUUAAGGUCUUCCUGACUGUAAGAUCUGUUCUAUAGUAUACCUAAAACACAUACAGUAAAAACUAAAGAUGAGGGACCGACUUGAGGAACUGAAGCAACAAGCCAAGGAAGCAGAGUUAAAGGAAAGAGUCACUGGAGAAACAAUGGCUGCUAGUGAAGAGUUUCCUAUGAAGCAGCAGGCCAUAUUGUUUGAAAAGGAACCAAUUGUGAAAACAUUUCUAAAGAAUGCUCAACACAUUCAGGAUGAUAUUAAAAAAUUGGACGAAGAUGUUGAGAAGUUUAUCCGAGAACAAAAGGUGCUAAUAUCCAGUAUAAGACUUUUCAGUGUCAUUAAAAAGGGGAGCAACAUUACCAGGGACAUUCAAAUUCGUGCAAAAAAUAUCCAUAAGCGUCUAGAGGCUCUGCCCCUGGGUAUCAAGAGAGCAGCGGCAGAGGACGAGUGUGAUUCUGCAUUUACCAGAAUAAAACGCAAUCAGUAUAAUAUGCUCUUCGAGCACUUUCAGAAUGUUAUGUUUAAGUACAUUGACUCCUUGAUAGAAAAUCAGAAAAAGCUCAAACAGUUCAUUGUGCAGCAGCUGGAAGUGGCAGGUAAAGAUGUGAAAGAUGAAGAAGUUAACAGAAUGAUGGAGCAAGGAAAGUGGGAAGUGUUCAAUGGGAAUUUACUAGAGGACAUGAAGAUCACAAAAGCACAGCUCAGUGAGACAGAACAGCGUCACAAAGAACUAAGGAACUUGGAAAGCCAAAUGAAAGACCUACAGGACCUCUUUACAGAGAUUUACCCACACGAAGAAUUGCAAAGCACAGAGGAUGUAAAUGAAAUCAUGGAUUAUGUUGAAAAAUCCAAUUAUGAAUUUAAGAAAGUGAAAAAUAAGCAAAAAAAUCUUUGCAAAGUGCUUUUUUGUUGCUGCUAUCCAUGCUGUGACUAAAUAUUUGGACAUAGAUAUGCAAAAACAAAAAAGCAUUUUAGACUGAGUAUUUCACUUAUGUUAAAUUGGUCUAUUCACUGAACUGUGCUCUGCUUU